CGUUGGAAAGCAUGAAAAGUGACCUACCUAAUUAGUCUCCAAAAAUGUUACGUUCAAUCUGUUAUUAUGCGGCUGCAUGCUGCAUUUUACUCCUAACUCCGUGUGUAACAUACGGUCGUGCGGAUACGGCACAAAUGGUGGAGAUUUGCACGCUUUGCCGCUGUCUGGAAGAUACCGAGGAAUCAUCAAUCGUCGUAGACUGUCUAGGGAAGAGCUGGGAACAUCAUCAGCGACCUUCGAAUUAUUUCGACCUACGCAACAUCGUGUGGCCGGUAGGCAAGGAUGCCGCCAGCGACAGAGCGCCUAAAGUUCGCGCGUUUUUCAAAGAUCUCAAUUUUCCGUACCUGCCCAAGAUUCCAACCAGCGUCAACGUGGUGGAGCUGUAUUUCCAAAAUGAUUCCAUUCAAUCACUCCCGACCGAACCGUUUGGAAAUUUCAAGAAUUUGGAAACUCUAACUAUAACCAACAACAAUUUAAAUAGUAUUGAAAAGGAUUUCUUCGCCUUAAAGAACAAACUAGUCCACCUGGACUUAUCGAACAAUUCGCUGACGACAGUGACCGCUCUGGAGCGGGCUUGGUUUGAGUCGCUGGAAGUUAUUGAUCUAUCUUAUAACAAACUCAUCACUGUUUCAGCUCAGCUGAUUCGUUCGCUGCAGAACGCCAGCAUCGUACGUUUGGCAGGUUGUGAAAUUUACCAUUGGAACAGCGAGACGGUUACACGCUGGAAGGUGCUUAAUUUAAACUGGAACAAGCUGAGCUCUGUUAGUACCAGUACCUUCGCUGGUUUGGAACAGCUAGAAGCCCUUUAUCUGUCGCACAACAACAUCCGCUCAAUCGAAUCGCAUGCUUUCGAAGGGAUGCAACAACUGGAACGAUUAGAUGUUUCACACAAUGAAAUUGUAAAUCUGGAAGCCAAUUUGGUCCUUCCCACGACGCUGGAGAUGAUCAACGUUGCCUACAAUGGUAUCGAACGCUGGCCGUUCGCUGAAAUCCCUGACAAUCUACGAAUAAUGAAUCUACGAAACAACGGAUUGUUCGAAAUAAACCCGGGUCAUUCGGUGAAAGUGGUGAUCCUGGAAGCGAGUCACAACCGACUGGAAACAUUUCUUGGCGAUUCCUUCCCGGAGCUAACGGAAUUGGAUCUGUCGUUUAACUUGCUAACGGAUGUUCCUCGCAACCUGGGUCAAACGUUAUCUACAUUAAUUUUGGAUGGUAAUCCAAUGGAACGAAUUUUCUUUGAAAGCAAGACACCGCUGAAGAUGCUGUCGUUAAAUGCUAUGCCAAAUUUGGAAGAGCUGGCAGCGUUUGCUUUUUGGAAACUAGUCGGCGUGGAUGAUUUAAAAGAGCGGGAUUGUGUAGAAGUACGAAUCUCGAAUUGUCCUAAGCUGCGCCGCAUUGAUUCAAUGGCCUUCGCUGAGGAGAAUAAUUUGUGCAAGCUGGACCUGAGUUACAACCAGCUGACAUCGAUACCGCAAAAUCUGACCGAAUGGUAUAGCUUAUACGGAGGAGUGAAUCUUCAAGGAAAUCCACUGAACUGCAAUUGCUCCGAACAGUGGUUGGUUGAUGAAAUCCUUCCACUACUAUACGAGAAAGAUGAGCUUCAGUAUUUGUUAGAUGAUUUGCGUUGUGCCAGUCCAGUUGAACGUCGCGGUAAACGCUUGGUGAAAUACCUCAACCAUAGGGGUGCAUUCUGUGGAGGUCCGAAAAUGGAACGGUUGCAAAUGGCUCCGGUAAACACUCCGAGGUUGGAUAGAUCGGACGAAAUAGUGCAGGCAGGUUUCGGGAACAUUCUCUGCUCCGUAGACGACGAUCAAUGCCUUCACGCUCACGAUGGUUGGGGAAUGAUAAUUGUAGCUGCCGUAGUUACUACCACAACCCUUCUUUCGAUCGUAAUGAUUAUUUUUAUUGCAAUUCGACGAAGGGAGGAACGAAGAAGGGCGGUCGAAAGUGUUUGGUUAAUGCGUUAAAAAUACUUAUUAGAUGUAUGCUUGGUGUGUUUGCCAUCGGGAAAUAUUAUUCAUUCUUUCAUUGGCUGAUCCUUAGCACACACGCGAAAAGUAUAAUAAUAGUUCAAGGCCACUAUUUCGAUAAUACUUGGAUGUAAACUGUUUGUAGACUUUAGGAAGUUUCUCGAUUAUGAAAAUAAAAAC